AGAAAAUCACGAAAAUGCCACUGUAGAUUCAAAAUCAACGAUCCAGAAUUCCAGAUCUCCGCAAAUCCGCCACCGCCACUGUUCGCCGCUGUCGGCUUUGUUUUUCAAACAAUGAAGCUUCCCGGCAAUGCCGAUUUCCUCAAGAGCCAAACGGCGAUCAAAUUCGCAGCCUUCGUUUUCAUCUCCGUCUCAUUCUUUUACUUAGGCAAACACUGGUCCGACGGUUCCCGCCAGCUCGUCUUCUUCUCCCGCCAAUCGCCUUCCACCACGACGUCGUCUGUGCCUUCCGUCGCUAUUUCUCCCAAUUUCAAUAAAGAAUUCAAUAUUUCCGCUCUCAUUAAUGCCACAGAACUCGAAACCAGCUCGGGAUCAGCUGAUCCGGAUAUAAGUAAUGAGCGGCAAUCGGUGUCGGCGUUGAAGGCAGCUCCGCCUCCUCCCCCGCCGCCACCGGAGAUAAAGAGUUACGGUAUCGUGGAUGAGAAUGGUACGAUGUCGGAUGAGUUUGAGAUCGGGGAGUUCGAUCCAGAUUUGGUGGAGAAUUGGGGAAACGGAACGGAGAUUGAGACGGAAACCAAUAAGGAAGAUGCUAAGUCUACAUUCAGGGCUAAGAAGUUUGGGCUUUGUGACGAGAGUAUGAGAGAGUAUAUACCUUGUUUGGAUAAUGUGGAAGCGAUCAAGAGGCUUAAGUCGACUAAGAAUGGAGAGAAAUUUGAACGGCAUUGUCCGGAGAAAGGAAAAGGAUUGAAUUGCUUGGUUCCGCCUCCCAAAGGGUACCGGCCGCCAAUCAAUUGGCCUAGGAGCCGCGAUGAGGUGUGGUUCAGUAAUGUCCCGCAUUCGCGUCUGGUAGAUGACAAAGGUGGUCAGAAUUGGAUUUCCAGAAAAGGGAAGGAUAAAUUCAAGUUUCCUGGAGGUGGCACACAAUUCAUACAUGGGGCAGACCAGUACCUGGAUCAAAUGUCUAAGAUGGUCCCUGAGAUUACAUUUGGUCAUCAUAUUCGUGUUGUUUUGGAUGUUGGAUGUGGUGUGGCAAGUUUUGGUGCUUAUUUGCUAUCACGGAAUGCUAUUGCCAUGUCAAUAGCUCCUAAAGAUGUCCAUGAAAACCAGAUCCAAUUUGCUCUCGAACGUGGAGUACCUGCAAUGGUAGCUGCAUUUGCAACUCUUCGUUUAUUGUAUCCCAGUCAAGCCUUUGAUUUGAUACAUUGUUCUAGAUGUCGUAUAAACUGGACUCGCGAUGAUGGAAUUUUGCUCCUUGAGGUGAAUAGAAUGCUCAGAGCUGGUGGAUAUUUUGCUUGGGCAGCGCAGCCUGUUUACAAGCAUGAACAAGCCCUUGAGGAACAGUGGGAAGAGAUGCUUAACCUUACUACUCGCCUCUGCUGGAACCUUGUAAAGAAGGAAGGGUAUAUUGCAAUAUGGCAGAAGCCUUUUAAUAACAGCUGUUAUUUAAGCCGUGAAGCUGGGACUAUUCCUCCUCUGUGUGAUCCAUAUGAUGACCCAGAUAAUGUUUGGUAUGUUGUUCUAAAGGCUUGCAUUAGUCGACUUCCUGAGAAUGGAUAUGGUGCAAAUUUUGCACCUUGGCCUGCUCGUUUGCAAACUCCACCUGACAGGCUGAAGAGCAUACAUAUUGAUUCCUACAUAGCUAGAAAAGAACACUUCAAGGCUGAAUCAAAAUACUGGAAUGAAAUAGUGGCAAGCUAUGUCCGUUCUCUACAUUGGAAGAAGUUUAAUCUAAGGAAUGUAAUGGACAUGAGAGCUGGCUUUGGAGGAUUUGCUGCAGCAUUGAUCAACAACCAACUUGAUGCUUGGGUUCUCAAUGUGGUCCCUGUUAGUGGGCCUAAUACCUUGCCUGUUAUAUAUGAUCGUGGAUUAAUAGGGGUCAUGCACGACUGGUGUGAGCCAUUCGAUACAUACCCGAGGACCUAUGACUUUUUGCAUGCAGCUGGCCUCUUCUCGAUUGAGAGGAAAAGAUGUAAUAUGUCUACCAUCAUGCUUGAAAUGGACCGGAUAUUGAGACCUGGUGGGCGAGUAUACAUCCGCGAUUCUCUUGACGUUAUGGAUGAGCUUCAAGAUAUUGCAAAAGCCAUGGGUUGGCAUCCAGCUUUACGCGAUACAUCUGAGGGUCCUCAUGCAAGUUACAGGAUCUUGGCAUGUGACAAGCGCUUGCUUCGCGGUUGAACCAGUAGAACCGAGGACUUGAAGUCGCACCACCUUUUGGUGUUAACUAAUGCAAAUCGAAGAUGUAAUUAGAUAGGCUAAUGCGAGUCUUGCAAAGGGUUGUUUCCAGAAUAAAAGAGGGGUCAUCGAUUUUGAAGUUUUAACAUCGUACAAGGUGAGAAGAUUACGGUAUUUGCAGUCAUCAGACCCGAGCAGGACAUCAGACACUUUUGAGGUUCUUAGAGAUGGUGUUCAGUCCAGCCAGAUAUUUGAUAUCUUCAGCUGAAAUGGAGCCUGGUAAUAAGCCUAGAUAUGCUUUCUAGAUGGUUUGAGAUUAGACCUAUCUAUGGGUCGAGUUUGAGGUUCGGACUUUGAGAUCUCGAGUUUGAGUUUUAAUGGCUUAAGUGUCAUAUGUAGGUUUU